GCCGGAGUUUUCAUGGUUAUGAUUGUUAUUGUCUUGAUCAGGGAAUCUCGACGGUCUACCUGAGCUGAUGACGUUUAGACUUGUAAACUAAUUACUUGAUUGUGUCGCUUUGACUGAGAAUAAUCACCAGUUUGAGUUCGACUUGUUUGUUUUUUUGGUUAGUACCGGUAUACCCACGCUGCAUUGCUCUGGACCAAUGUAGCCGUGAUGUUCUGGAGGAGUUUCAGGUGGUUUCAUUCGCCGGUCAACUCGUAAUGUUAGCGCCUGUCUGUCGCGAGUAGUUUGUGGGACAUCGUGACACGUCAUGGGGAAGAAAAAGAAGAAGAAGAAGGGAGGAGCGGACGCUAGCGCCGCCAAACAGAGGCCGCCGAAAAAGGAGAGAGAAGAUGAGGCGGCCGUGACAAUGAAAGAGGCAAUGCUAGCAGUCCAGGUGAAAGUAAAGGAGAGGAAUAUUGAAGAACUGAAUGAAGAGGUGGAAGCACUAGAGUUCAAGAAUGAUCGACAGCGCGAUAGGAACCGAAAAUUGAAGGAAGAGCAGCAAGAGCACUUGUCCAAGCUGCUGACUGAGUACCGGGCCAGGACGGAUGCAGAGAGAAAGGAACCGUCGGUGGAGACAGACCUGGUGGAUGAGGCACUUGUGGACAAGUUCGAGGCGAACCGAGACGGCCAGGAUCGAGUCGAAGCACUGCAUGCAAGGGUGCGUGCCCUUGAUGCCGAGAUUGCAGAAGUCACAGCUGAGCUUACUUGGUGGCAGGACUUCAAGGACAACACGGUGCCACAGAAUGAAGCCAGGAUAAAGGAACUAACGGGUCAGAUGAAGGUGCCCAGCGAGGAGACCAAGCAGCUGGCAGCGCAAAUCGAGGAGUGGCUGGAGUAUGUACGAGAAGAAACUCAGAACAGGGUGGAGAAAUUCCGGGUGCGUCGCCAGGAGUCGUCCAAGAAGAUGCUCUAUUCCAGCCUGCCACCGGACAUGAGGGAGGAAACGGAUGCAACCGAGAAUCUACGAGAAAAGGUCACUCGGCACGAGGAGUACCGGGAGAGGCUAGUUGCGGACAUCGCGGACCUGAAGGCGCGCUCGCUGCGGCUCUCCGAGGAGGUGUAUGACCUGGUGCAUGUACCCGCUACACAACUGGAGCGCUAUCCGCACAGGAUCCGCGUGGACGACGUGCUGAGCCCGGUGCACCGUGACUCUCCGCGCACCAAGGCCACGAGACCGCGGGAGAGGUCGGCCACGUUUCCAGCACCCAGCGCAGCCACCAUGGCCGUGCGUGGCCAGCUGAUGAGCAUCACGGAGGGAAAGGAGCGCACCGCGGAGCCCGACGACGACCCGUACUUUCCGAAGAUUCCCGGUGUCAGCAUCAACCCGUCGGUGCCCGGGGCAGAGCUGGACAUCGACGAGGGAACGUUUGCACGGCGAGGCAGCGUACUGGAGCACACGUAUAGUCUGCCGCCGAUAACACGAGAUAUGGCGCGGGAGAUGUUCGGCGCGCGUAGCCGAACGCGGAGCAUGGCCGCAGCGACCGGCACAAAGUUACCAGAGGUCAGACGUGCCCAUCAGAGAACACGCACCACCUGAGUGCACGUACAUGCCCUGUGCCCGACCCGCUAUAAAUGCUCGGUGAGCUACCCGACCCACAACACAUGCUUCGCACUCGGCCCACUUUACAAGCCCUGCACUCGGCCCACUACAUACGACCUGUGCCCGGCCUGCUGCACAUGUCAUGUGCCCGGACCACAAUCCACACCAUGUACCCGACCCGCCGCUACACAUGCCUCGCAUUCAUGCCCACUGUACAAACCCUGUACUUCCUUUCGUGUAGUAUGCAUUAUUGCGGACCAUACAACACAAGACAACGCAUGCAAAACAUACAGGCCAAAACAACACAGAAUACAGCACUAAGCGACACAUGCAACACAUGCAACACUUGCAACACAUAUGCUUGGUAAGGCGAACAACUAAAACAUGCAUGCUGGGCAUACAACAAAUGGUUUUAGUGCUGAGCUUUGGAUGUCCGUGUGCGUCCACAAAUGAACUUGUUGAGGCAUAGUUGAAGCAUUUUAGCACUUGCAUUACCACUUAUCAACCCCAUCAUCGUAUUGGUGUUCAAGCAAUGGAUACCAUAGAACGCAUUAUCUGAUCACCAACAUACAAGUCCAUGUACUUCAAAGUAUAGCAAUCAUGUUCACUGAUCACCCUUCUCUCGCAGAUAUCUUUACCCGGCAUUUCUCAGUGUCCUGGGUCACUAGCUACUGGGCAACUGACUCUCCUCAUUAUGGCCUCCAACUUGAUCAUGUUACCUCAUUGUCACCGUGCAUAUCUGGCACUGAGUCUUGAUGACCCUAGCUGUUCCUAUUGAGCUGGGCCACGACCCUUCGUAGGCUGCUAGCCAUUCAUUUCACCAUCCCCAUAGCUAUGUCUGUUUAGUUCAUAAUCUAACACUGUCAUCAUGCUGCACAUCAAGUUGUGCGCGGUACGUUUUUGUUAUUGAAUGAUAAUAAAAUUGUAUUGGCCACGGA